GUCUCUAAAACUGAGGGGUUAUUCGUGGAUGACAGAUGGCAUCGUUUAUUGCAGGUGAGAUAAAGAUUUAAGAUAAUUAAUGUUAUUUCCUACAUUCACUAGCGUUGUGUUUUCAUUUUGACUUCGGAAAAGAAGUGUAAAAAGAAAGUGGCUCUCGGAACCGGAGACGUGAACUUUUGAUGCCACAUUUACAUUUUUUGAUCAUGUAAAUUUACAAGAAGAAAAAAAUGUAGAGGGAGAAAUGGUCUGAUAUGGAUAUUUAAACGUCCAAAAUCAUGUUUAAAAGACUAUUAAACCUGCAAAAAUCAGUAAUUUGGAUAUUAACUACAAUCUUAGUUGUGCUGAUAUCAACUGUCGGCUCAUUGUUUAGUUCUUAUCUCACAUUGUGCCGUUCAAUUUAAUUGCUCUCAUCAAACCUGUUUGCAGCAGUAACUGUUUCCAUCCAACCAGCAGCAGUUAACCCGCUGUGCACUCCUUCUGCCCAGCAACACACAUCUGGCAAAGAAAGUGGAACAUUUAGGAGCUCUAAAGAUCCAGAAUGAGUUGGUGCAGACCAAACCAGUGGAAAUGGAGGGUGAGAACAAAGUCCCCAUGCACGUCAUGUUCCUCCUGGUCUCCGACGUCAUCGGUUUCUUCUGCCGCCCCGGCGUGGACCAGGUCACGGCCGCCGGGCAAAUGUUCACCUCCGACCCCACCGACUUCAUCUUCUGCUUUGGCUUGGUGGCCAACGUCUCCCUCAUGCCGCUCAUAGCUCAGGAGCGCCAUCUCGUGGCGGCCUACCCGCACUGUCUCGGCCGCUGCGGCCGUGUCAGGCGUUGCCCUGCGGUCGCCUUGACCGUGGAGACGAGGCUUUGAGGAGGACGUAGAGUUCUCAAAAAGUCUAGUUUGGGACGACACAUCCUACGGUUGGAUCUUUGUCGCAGAUACCAAAACCUUGCGAGCUGGAUGUCAACAUCGGGUCGGGCCUCAAGUAAUGGCGGCUACGGGAGAAUAAUACGUCCGAAAGAAAGGCAAAGAUCACUGAUGUCUGAUUGACAGACGGUUCAUCCAAUCACCUGCCCGGUAUGAUUGGAAAGUAUCCGGCUUUCUCGGCCCGGUUCUGUGCAACCCGACCACCUGGCCAGUCAGAUUAGCUUUUAGCGCCGUCUUUAGUCGAAUUUUCGCUGGAUAAACCGGAGGCUAAUCCUCCGGAGCGGUGCCAAGCGAGCCAGAGGCUAAAGCUGGGUUUAGCCCACUUCGAAGCCGCCAGUGUGAGAGCUUUCUUAGCCCCAGGUUAACCGCUCACUUAGCUCGGGUCCAAGUGCAGCGAAGCCCUUUUCCAGCCGAGAUCGGAGCAUUUAGUACCACGGUGGAGGAGGGAGGAGUCUUGAUGCAUACAUGAGUGUUAAAUUGAUCAAAAGCAUAAUAGAUAAGUAAGGAACCGGUCGGUUGGGGUGGUUGAAAGCUUGUUUGAGAGUUGAAAAAUGUUUUGUUGUGUAAAUUCUAGUUAAGGAAAAGUUGAGUUCUGGUCACUUGAAGAAAAGGAAACCCUGAGUGAGAAGGAGUGGCACGAAUCAGUGCAGUGGAGGAUUGUUGUUACAUUGAGGCUUUGGCUCCGAAGACCAUAACAAGUAUAUAUGUUUCUAAUAUCUUGUACUGUUUAUUACCUUGUGUGAUUGAAAAAGAAAAUUCAGGACUUAGGAGGCUCAAAAAAUCUUAUAUAUGCCACAUG